UUCAAGCGCCAGGGAAGAGGAUUCCCCCCACCCCAACAAUUUUAUUUCCUGCUUCCCUAAGACUCUAUUAAUCACAGAGAGCGCGCCUUCCGCACAGCUGCUCUGCCUCCGACUACUUCACUCUCAUUUUCCACUGAGCAGGUUCUCAUUCAUUCAUGAUUGGUACUCAGCCCCAGUCCCAUGCCUCCCGGGAGACCCACCCCAUGCCUCCCGAACUGGAGUUUAGUAUGCACGGGGAGGGGAGGCAUUGAGACUCAGCCCCACAGGCGGCUGGCUGCUGCCUGGCUCGAACCAUCAUCGGGGACCGGAGUAAGGAUGAGCCCGAUGUGUCGAUGGGGCUGAGCUCCAGUAAAUAUUUUGAUGCAUCUGCUUUCAGCCCUGGUCUGAGGGAAUCUACCUGGCAUUAUCAUUUGAUGGGGAGCUGUUUUGAAUGAUAACAGAGCAGCUGCUUGUGUGAGUCAGUGCAUGUGUGUUGACUGAAGAGGAGAAAAAAAAAUCUCCAAACCCAACGUUUGCUGUAUAUCAAGCUGCAGUGUUGGCUGCCCCUUUUUCUUUCUUUCUUUCUUUCUUUCUUUUCCUUUUCCUUUUCCUUCUUCUUCUUCUUUUCCUUCUUUUUUUUUUCAGUAGACAAGCCAAACUGAUCUCUUUCUAAAAGAGGGGGAGGGGUGGGGGAGGGAGGAGAACCAAAGUCACACACAACUACCAGUGAUCAUGGGAGCUGUGAUGGGCACCUUCUCCUCUCUGCAGACCAAACAAAGGCGACCCUCCAAAGACAUCACCGGGUGGUAUUACCAGUAUCAGAGAGAUAAAAUUGAGGAUGAGCUGGAGAUGACCAUGGUGUGCCAUAGGCCUGAGGGACUGGAGCAGCUUGAGGCACAGACCAACUUCACCAAGAGGGAGCUGCAAGUCCUGUACAGAGGCUUUAAAAAUGAGUGUCCCAGUGGGGUGGUUAAUGAAGAAACUUUCAAACAGAUAUACUCCCAGUUUUUCCCACAUGGAGAUGCAAGCAUGUAUGCUCAUUAUCUCUUCAAUGCCUUUGAUACCUCUCAGACAGGUUCUGUAAAGUUUGAGGAUUUUGUAACUGCUCUGUCGAUUUUGCUGAGAGGAACCGUCCAUGAGAAACUGAGGUGGACAUUCAAUUUGUAUGACAUCAAUAAAGAUGGCUAUAUAAAUAAAGAGGAGAUGAUAGAUAUUGUCAAAGCCAUUUAUGAUAUGAUGGGGAAAUAUACUUAUCCAGUGCUCAAAGAUGAUACUCCAAGACAACAUGUAGAUGUGUUUUUCCAGAAAAUGGACAAGAACAAAGAUGGUGUCGUGACUUUAGAUGAAUUUCUUGAAUCCUGUCAAGAGGAUGACAACAUCAUGAGGUCCCUUCAACUCUUUGAAAAUGUCAUGUAACAGUAAGUUAGUAAGAAAGUCAUCUGGACAUCAGAGACAUUGCACCAGGAAAAACAAACAAACAAGAAACCGAGCCGUCCCCAGUUCAGAUUUUACACACCAACUCUGAGCGGAAAAGCUUUUAAAGAAGAACUUUAGGAGCAUAACUCUGGAUAAUUCCUAUGGACACCUACCAUCUGCCUCGGUCUCAGAAUGCUAAGAACCCUGCCUAUUCUUUCUUCUUUUUCUCAAGAGA